AUGGAGUUCCGGCUCACUCUGUCCCACGCGCAGACAGAUGGCAUUGCAUUUAUGGAGGGCAAGCGGGUGUACGCCUCGUCGGGCCCCGCUGGUGGCGGGAGGGGGCGCUUCCUCCGUGCCCACCGCCUGCCGAGGGACCUCGUGGCGGUUCCAGCCGUGGCGGGCGACGGGGGCCCCAGCGAGGAGCUGGUGCGGCCCACCACGCUGCUCUUCUCGGCGCUCGGCGGCUCCCUGCUGCUCAGCUCCCUGGCCUCCGUCGCCAUCUCGAUCGCCCAGUCGACGACCUCCGGGCUCGGCCUGUGGAGCAUCCUCUCCGCUUACUUCCUCUGCCUCUCCGGCCUGUUCUGCUGGCUCCCGGAGGCCUUCGCCAGCAAGGUGCGCUGGCGGGAGCCGCUCGCCCGCACGCUGUGGAGAUGCGUCUGGCCCAUCAGGUCGGCGCCGACCCCCUUUGUGGAAGUGCUGGUCGCUGACGGCCUGACGUCUACGGCCAAAGUCUUCUUUGACCUGGCCAUGGUGUCCUGCGCGGCGUUCAACUCCAUGGACCUAUGGCGCCCGACCGCACUCGCGAUAUCGAUGUCCGAGGACGCGGCGCUGCAGGGGCAGCGCAGGACACUGCUGGGGGAGGCCACCGACCAGUGCAGCCGGUCCUCCGUGCCGUUCUUUUUCUGGGCCGCGCCUUUCCUGAUACGUGGCUACCAGGAGACUUGUAUCCUGACGAUCCGCAACACGAAGGACGGCCACACCAGCCAGAUGCAGAUGAUCAAUCUGGCGAAGUACGUCUCGAGCCUCCCGAUAGUGUUGUUCGCAUUCGGCUACGCGCAGAACCAGCCAGAGUUCUCCAUGGACCCGGAGGAUUUUGAGGUGCUGUGGGCACUCGCUGCCAUCGUCAAUUCCGUGUUCUCGCUGAUGUGGGAUCUGGUGAUGGAUUGGGGGAUCUUGCAGGCAACGGGGCCGCCCUGCACGUCAAGACAUUUCGGGCUCCGGCCGAACCUUCUCUUCCGCAGCAUGUGGGGCUUCUACCAUUUUGCGAUCCUGCUGAACCUCGGAGGACCCCCCGGCGGACGAUGUGGUCGCUGCGCUGGUCGACGACCGCCACGCUCUUCCUGGGCAGUUUCUUCCUGUCCACCGUCCAGCAGGCCGCUGAGGUGACCCGGCGCUGCCUGUGGAACCUGCUGCGCGUCGAGUGGGAGCUGCAUCAAGAAGGGCGUGCACCGCGCCCACAAGCACGUCGAGGUCUGACCGCAGCGGGCUGGGCGCUGGCAGCCGUGCCCUCCCCUUUCGGGACGACCGAACUGGCCUUCGAGCCUUUGGACCCUCCAGCCUCUCGAGCCUUCCGAGCGGCAGAGCAGGAGCGACGCGCGCCCCGGGGAGAUGAGGGCCCGCGUUGUGGCAGUGAGCGCUGCGACGGGACGCUGCACGCGGCCAGGUGCGGCGCGCGCGGCGGCCAGCCUUCGCAGACGCGCUGGGGGCCGCACGAGGACUGCACUGGUCUCACUUUUGUGAGGCGGGGAUCUAGACAUAGCCCCCUCGCCGCCUCCAAGGUCUCACCACCUUUGCCGUUACGCGCUGAUUACGCGGACAGCCUUGUCCAAGUCAUAGCCUCGAGCUCUAGGUUCUAGAAUGCACUUCAAUCAAGAUGAGAAUGCUAUUGAAUUUUGGGCGUGCCUGUGGUGCCAAGGAGCGCCCAGGGAUUCGCCAGAGAGCCUUGCGAGACACACUUGUUGUUAGCUCCGCCCGCUGCUGCACAGCAGCCACGGGUUUGCUUUCUUCGCCUCGCUUUGCUGUAGCGGGCAAUUUGUCGAAUGAUGCCUCAUGGCCCUGAACAGACCAGCGCAAUAUCCUCGGCGUGUGCCUUCGACCAGAUCAAGCUCCUUCUUCUCAGAUCCUUUGCCGCGUGCGGUGC